AUGUCGUCGCCUCCGCCACAAUCAUCGUCGCCGCCGCCUCCACUGCCACAAUCGCCGCUGCCGCGGCAUUACAGAGGUUCCUCAAGCGAAUCGGAUUGUCUGCCGUCGUUGAAGAAACAAAAAGUGGAUGAGGAAGAUGGAGAAUCUAGCGAUUGCGAAAGUGAGCAACCUUUAUCCCCUCUUUCAGAUAUAAGCCUUCCCGACUGGGAUAUCGAAGAAUUAAUGGAAGAUUUAUUUUGCCCUAUCGAUCCCAAUGAUAAAAAGGUGGAUAAAUCUGUUUGGUAUAGGUACUUGCAGCAGAUCCGUGAGAGUGAGGGAUUUGAUAUUAAAGAUUAUCCCGGUUCGGGUCCUCUUACUACCAUUUACCCCAUGACUAAAUACUUAGAAUAUCCUGGUGAGGUUGAAAAGUUGAAGGUUUAUGCUGCAAAGGCACUUGAGCAGUACAAUGUCAACAAUGGCACUAAAUAUGAGGUCGACCGUAUUCUCAAGGUUAAUGGACAAGACUUCACUUUUUACAUUACCUUUUCGGUCAAAAAUGGCGAAGAUGAAUAUUUUCAAGCUAAGGUGGUGCGAGAUAUAGAUAAAUCUUUGGAUUUCCCAAUUGUUAGGCCAAGGGUGAAGGGAGGUUUGGACAUAUAGUAAUGUGAAGUCUGUGCAUCCUUUUGGCUUUGUGUUAACAACUCUUGUCAAUGUUGGACAUCAUUACUAGUAAAUUGCUCUCUUCUUAGU